UCUUAUUUACCGCAAAAUAGACGUUUUGGUGCUCUUCGUUUCCGCAGUCCCGCCGUCUCCGGCGAGUCCAAUCCAUUGCAACAUGGCAGCCAAAACCCCGCAAACCCCCGACCCACCGUUUGGGGCAAGAUCUCGCCCGAGUGUGCCGCGACCACCGGGGUCCGCCAUCCCCGUUCUGAGCCCUUCCUUCUCCCGUGCCCCGUUGCGAUCCCGCCUAGCCGCCGCGGCUGACACCAACGCCGCCGCCUCCUCCUCCUCUGUCGAGCACCCAUGCGUCACGCUGUGGGACUGGUGGCUGGUCAGGGUGGAAGGGGAGCAGCGGAAGAUCGCCGUCUCCGGGUUCACCCAAAGGGACGACGCAUUCACCUCUGCACCCAUAGCAAAGUGUCAUGGGCCUCUUACACUAGAAGAUGAAGAUGGGGUUGUGGUGCUCAUUUAUGGUUCGGUGAGCCUUUCCCGAAUGCGUGAAAAUGGAUUUUCACCACAGAUCUGUGAAAAGUUCAUGAUUGGAUUUCCAUACUGGUGGGAGAGCUGGGAUUCACACAUUGAGUCUCAACCGACCUCUUUUAGCAAUUUGCAAGAGGGUUCGAGUCAGUUUAACUCGGAGAUGUGCCAGCUAGGCAAAUUUCUUGAAAAAGUAGAACCUUCAUUCAUCAAGAACCUUCUUAAUGAUGCUAAAAAUUUCCCAAGAGACUACGAGGAUGCCUUCACAGAGUGUCCAAGAUUUGAGGAAUACACUUUUGACAAUGAUAUUUCAACAAAGGAAAAAUCUGGUGUUUCAAAUGAUGCCAGUGAAGGACCUGCAGGUGUAGCUAAUGAGGUGGAUAAUAUGGAAAUCGACUUGAUUGUGAGCAGCACUUCACAAGAAAGAGGCCAUGUUGACAUUAGCUGUAAUGUAUCGUUUGCUUCUACAGAAAAAUGUACUAGUGAUGAGACUUACAAGGAGGCAGAAAAUCAGAAUGAUACUGUGCAUCCAGAUGCAAGAGAACAGGAGGCUGGUAGCCGUCCUGUGAACUCUGAUUUGAUUUGCAAUAGGUCCUCUUAUCGUAUGCCCAAUGACUUGGAAGAUGGAAAUACGAAUGCUGGAAAUUCAACAGAUGUGCCCUUAUGCCAUUUAGCUGCGGUACCACUCGGAAGGGCUAAUUGCUGCUUGGAGAUUUCUGGUGCUUUGCAAAAUAUUCAACUCUUAAAGACUGGCUAUUUAAAUGUAGGUUAUCAAAGGAAUCCGGUGGCUUCAUUGAAGAAUCAAGGCCACCUGCAAAGGACUGAGGACAUAUCAUUGAACCAGAAGGCUGUACCAAGUGAAGAUACAUCAACUUCUAUUUGUUCACGUGUGCAAACUCAGGAAAAGACGGUAGGCCCAUCAAAGAAGCAAAGAUCUGCGCGGGAUAUAUUGUUGAGUCCUGCUAGAUUGCCAGUAACCAGAAGUCCGAUGUCAUCAAAGAAGCAAAUAUUUGCGCAUGAUAAAUUGUCGAGUCCUACUAUAUUGCCAGUUACCCGAAGUCCGAUGCCAUCAAAGAAGCAAAGAUCCGCACAGGAUAAAUUGUCCAGUCCUGCUACAUUGCCAGUAACCAGAAGUCCGAUUUCAUCUGUGUAUCAUUCUCCACUUACUCGUGGGAGGGCCCAGUCAUCAAUAUCUAUUUCCACACCUGAAUCUCUCAACAUGAAAAGAACCAAAUCAGGUCGUUUGGUAGUACCACCAUUGGAUCCAGGAUGUGAAAGGAUCCUCUAUGACAAUAAUCAUUUGCUUUUAGGUGUGGCUCCUGUGGAGUUGCAUUCACCUCUCAAAGUGUGUCCUUUGCUGGCAGGGAACAAGGCAGGGACUCCUGCGAAGAAGAAAAGUGCUCGCUGAGCAACUUCCAGACACAGAACGUUGCUGUCCAGCCAGAAGAUGCUCACAACUUUGCGACCGCAGCAUGUUGCCGGUGUACAUGGAGUUCACAUAAGGCUCUGGGUGUUAUGCUUCGUUGUAUAUGCAACCUGGAGUUUGAAUUCGCAGCCAGCUACCUUUUGAUAUUUCUGGUAUGGGUAUGGUUUAACGCUGGCCCUAUGCCUGCCACUAAUGUGCAGAGUAUGAUAUGCAUUGCCGUUGUUGAGAUGUGUUU